AUGGCGUCAAGUGCUGGGGGUGCACCUCCUGCAAGUGACGCCGGAGCUCUAAAUCCGGCGGCAGCAUCACGAGGUGGAAGAGGCGACGGAAAUAGGGGCCGUGGCCGGGGCCGCGGUGGAGGUGGAGGGGGAGGGGGAGGCGGCGGGCGGGGGCGUGGUCGAGCAGAUGGAACCCGAGGAGACGGAACCCGAGGAGCGGGACGAGGGCGGGGACGGGGACGGGGAAGCGGCCACGGCCACGGCGACGUCUCGAACGCGGCCAAUGUCAACACCGAUACCUCAACAGAAGCUCCCCAGGCCGGAGCUGCACAGCCCGCCCACGUCCCGAAAUUACCAGAUUUCAAGUCGAGGCCUGAGCAGCAACUUACGGGCGAAGACGGCGAAGCUGAGGUCUGCUUUAUCUGUGCAAAUCCCAUCAGCCACCACGCUGUCGCACCGUGUAAUCACGUCACCUGCCACAUAUGCGCGUUGAGGCUAAGGGCCCUUUACAAAAGCAAGGACUGCCCGCAUUGCAGAACACCUGCCCCUUUCGUCAUCUUUACCGACGAUGCCACAAAACGGUUUGAAACGUACACGAAUGCCGACAUAACAAGCACAGACAACAACAUCGGGAUUCGAUACGCGAACGAAGACAUCGUUGGCGACACAGUCCUCCUCCUCCGGUAUAACUGCCCCGACGCAUCUUGCGACUUUGCCGGCCUUGGCUGGCCCGAUCUACACCGUCAUGUCCGCUCCGCCCAUUCCAAGAAGAUGUGUGAUCUAUGCACUCGUAACAAGAAGGUAUUCACACACGAACACGAGCUAUUUGGCGAUAAGGAGCUGGAGAAGCAUAUGCGUCAGGGAGAUGACAUGCCUGGGGCCAUCGACCAGACAGGCUUUAAGGGCCAUCCCCUCUGCGACUUCUGCGGCCAGCGGUUUUAUGACGCCGACAAGCUAUACGAACACUGCCGGAAUAAACAUGAGCGAUGUUUCAUCUGCGACAGGAGAGACUCGAGACAACCGCAUUAUUUCCAAGACUACAAUGCGCUGGAGCGGCACUUCAGCAAGGACCACUUCCUCUGCCUCGACCGGGAAUGCCUCGAGAAGAAGUUCGUCGUGUUCGAGUCGGAAAUGGACCUCAAGGCACACCAGCUAAGCGAGCACGGAGACUCGCUGUCAAAGGAUGUGCGAAGGGAUGCGAGAGUGGUGGACAUGGCUUCGUUUGACUAUCGCCCAACGUACCAGCAGGAGAGGCGGGGAGGCGGCAGUUCGAGGGAGACUCGGGGAUCCAGAGGUCGCGACCCAAAUGCAGAGCAGCCCCCUGCGAUCUCAGCACAGUCGCUACGAAGGGACGAGAUAGCCUACCAGCGCCAAAUGGCCAUCCACUCGGCGCAGUCAGUCUCUACACGGACGUUUGGGGGCCAGCUGUCGAAUGCUUCGGCGCCGUCAGCGCCUUCGCGGCAAACCCAGGCUUCGCAAUCAUCCAACAGCCAGCCGACCCCGCCCAUCCUCGACGCUAUGGGAGCCUUGAGUGUCAACGACCAGUCCUCCCUGACGCCCGAACAACGAGCAGGCCUCACUCGGCACGCUGCAGUUGUUGAGCGAGCGUCUAACCUCCUCGGCAAUGACGCGUCCAAGCUGGCCACCUUCCGAGCAGACAUUUCUUCCUAUAACAGAGGCUCAGUCAAUGCCGAACAGCUCAUUGACGCCUUCUUCGCCCUGUUUUCUGAAACGUCGUCGGGCGCACUCGGCACCCUCGUUCGCGAGGUCGCAGACCUCUUCGAGGACAAGCAGAAAGCCGAGGCCCUGCGCAGAGCGUGGCAGAAUUGGCGUGCCAUCAACGAAGACUACCCUUCCCUCCCAGGGUUGGGAGGUAUGCACGGCGCGACAACAUCCUCCAGCGGAUGGGCAGCCGCCGCCGCCGCCAGCCCGACGACGGCCCAGAGCCCCGCCAAUGCCGCCGCCCAACAGAAGCACUCGACCCGCGUGCUGCGCCUCAAGAACAGCACGCGGCGCGGCAGCGGUGCCGGUAUCGGGUCUGGCGCAGUUCCGGCCGGUGGCAGCGGCGCAUCCAGAUUCAGUCGCGCCGUUGGGCCGUCGACCGCACCGCCUCCCACGGCUGCGUUCCCCGCGCUACCGAGUGCAUCGGGCGGAUCACGGUCGGCACAGCCGAGCUGGAUAGGGGCCACUGGUUCGCUGAGCGGCGGUUCUACGCCGAGAUCCAGUACUCCUUCGGUUGGUGCUCGCAGCCAGCGACCCGGCCGGGCGGGAGGUAAUGAAGACGCGUUCCCCGCGCUGCCUGCCGCGCCAAAGCCGCUUACCACAAUCUUUGGCUAUGGCACCGGCGCUGUGAGGAGGGAUCUCGGCGGGAACAGAAACACCGGCUUCUCAUGGAGUGGCGGUGCGAGUUCGAGUGCGAGUGCGGCCCCGACCAGAGAGGCAGAGGGGGCUGAGCCCGAGGGCGGUGCGAAGGGCGGGAAGAAGAAGAAGAAACAGGUCCUGGUACAAUGGGGAUAA